AUGCAAGCAUCCCUGGAUUCCUUUAAGACUUCGAACGGGAAUCAGGGUAGGCAGAAUGGCGAUCGAACUAUCGAUAAGUUCUGUUAUCUGGGCUGCAUGCUCAAGAAUAGGUACGAGAAAGAUAUUCAGGAAAAAUACGCUAAGGCCGCAGCAUCUCACUGCUUAACGAAACGUCUGUGGUUGACCCCUCACCAAAGACGUCAAGUUGCGAGUCCACCUAUUCGCGACUUGCCCCAUCAUGAUGCACAGAUCGAAGAUUUGGGCAGCACCGAAUGUGAGAUGGCGAAAAGGACUCGCCGUGGAUAG